AUGUCGUCUAAUCCAUCCUCCAUUCAGGUUCUCCUCAGUGAUAAGAAAUACGCCUGUGAAACAUGCAUAAAGGGGCACCGCUCGUCCGCAUGCAAACACACGGAUCGCCCCCUUUUCGAAAUUAAGAAAAAAGGUCGUCCAGUCACUCAGUGUGAGCACUGUAGAGAAUUACGAAAAACAAAACAAGUACACGUGAAGUGUUCAUGUGGAUCUCAAGAUCAAGGCCCCCCUGGUGCCCACGAGGCGUCCCACAGCAAGAAGGGGACGCCGAAGUUACCGGCUACUGCUGCGUUUCCGCAUGGCCUUCCUGAGGCCCUUGAAACGCUAGCUACUGUGCUGCCGGCAUCGGACGACUCAGACCAUAGCGGUGAAACUUCUUCAACUGGCUGUAGAUGUAGCUCCGGUGGCCCAUGCAAUUGCUGUAUCCCUCGCAAGCCUUCCACCCGCCGUCGCUUCUCAGGCGCGGAGCCACCUAAAGGAGACAAGCAUCAUUCAGACUCUUCCAAACAUCGUCGUGCCGCCGUAUCCCCUCCUCUUUCAUCUCACGUCUUGGCGCGCAUUGCUGAGCUCCGCCCAGUACUUCCAAGACCGGCUCACAGGCAACUCCCUCUUGAUGGCUCUUUGCACAAUCCAUCUUCGAGCGUCCCUCACGGCCAUAGCGCCCGCCAUCAUAACUACGACUUCAGCCCUUACGGUCGCGCUUACGGGUACACUCACUCAGAUCACGCUCACGAUCAAAAUGGGCCACAAUUGACUGGUGAUCCCCGCAUGUUCGCUGGACGUCCUGUUCACUCCCCACAGCCAGCCCUGGGAAGCCAGCCAGAUGCAUGGUCGUCUGCUGGGGCCUUCCCCUCUCUGUGUGCCUGUGGUGACUCAUGCAUGUGCCCUGGAUGUAGCUUGCAUAACAAUCCACCAAUCACCGGCGGAGCUGCCUAUGCCUCAUGCAGUAACCCAUCCACUUGCGCGUACUGUCUCGAUUGCACCAUAUUGUCCAUACCAGCAGGCAAUCCGCCUCCUAUCAUUGACCCGUCCUCUGAUCCCUCGCAAUCACAAGAAUUCGAUGAAUGGCUCAGACAAGUCGCGCUUAGUGCGGGCGUCUCAAAUUCGCAGCCGAAUUUCAACCCGUAUGAACUGACCAUGCCACAAGCACAGCCCUAUGAAACCGGAAGCUCGCGGAUACCUGAGAAUCCGUCCCCGUCGGUAGAGUGUUGUGGUGGGCGGUGUAAAUGCCCUCGUAAUUCGUGUGCCUGCCCUCCAAAUUGUCGUGGAUGCUCUCAAGGUUGUCAGUGUGAUAAUCACUGUAAUGAUCUGCGGCCCCGAACAACGUUUGCGGUAUCUGGCGAACGGGGUUCGUGUUGCAGAAAGGCUGACUCAAAUACGAACAUUCCUUCAGCUGGGAGGCGCCUCCCUGAUUUUAUGGCUAUGACGAAUAUGCGCGACCAGUCGUCUGCCCCUGGGGCGGGCGCCGGCGGUCAAGGAUACUAUGGUCAGCAGGGAGCAUUCGUGGAUUACUCUGAGGCUCCAAGUCGUUCGUCGUCCGGAUCAUCCUCGUCAAGUCGCAUGCCCACGAGACCUCCGUCCGGACCGGUGAGUAUCCGAUGUUUGCCAUUUACAAACUUCGACUGA